AUGCAUAUCUACAUCCAGUUCCAGAGCAACAUUGUUUUCGGUUGGCCAUUUUAUAGGAUACCCGAUGGCAAUUUGCGUGCUGCUUUCUUGACUUAUCAUUCGCUUGGCCAUUUUAUUCAUGGAAACCAGACACUAAAACCCCGAAGUGUGGAU